UGUUCCGGCCGUGUUGGGGCCGAGGUGUUCCUCUGGAGGCUGCUGCAUCGAGGAGCGUCCCAAUCUCCGUUUGUGUGGUCAUUAUUGCUGUGGUUUGAGCUCAGCAUGGCUGUAGUCAUCCGUUUACUGGGGCUUCCUUUUAUUGCGGGUCCUGUGGAUAUCCGUCACUUCUUCAACGGAUUGACUAUUCCUGAUGGAGGAGUGCAUAUAAUUGGAGGGAAAGUUGGGGAGGCUUUUAUAAUUUUUGCAACAGAUGAAGAUGCAAGACGUGCCAUAAGUCGCUCAGGAGGGUUUAUCAAGGAUUCGUCUGUAGAGCUUUUUCUUAGUAGCAAGGUAGAAAUGCAGAAGACCAUAGAAAUGAAAAGAACUGCUCGUGUAGGAAGAGGGCGACCAGGAUCUGGGGCAUCAGGGGUUGGCAACAUGUAUCAUUUUAUUGAUUCCCUGAGGGAAGAGGAACGUCACUCUGGAUAUGGCUCUUUGGUUAAUCAAGAUGCUGGGUUUCAUACAAAUGGCACAGGACCUGACUUAAGGCCAAGAAAGACCAGGCCAUUGAAGGCUGAGAAUCCUUACUUGUUUCUACGCGGUUUGCCUUACUUAGUAAAUGAAGAUGAUGUCCGUGUCUUUUUCUCUGGUUUGUGUGUAGAUGGAGUAAUUCUCUUAAAACACCAUGAUGGCCGAAAUAAUGGUGAUGCUAUAGUAAAAUUUGCUUCGUGUGUUGAUGCUUCAGGAGGUCUAAAAUGCCAUAGAAGUUUCAUGGGUUCAAGAUUUAUAGAAGUCAUGCAGGGUUCAGAACAACAGUGGAUUGAAUUUGGUGGUACUGCAAGCAAGGGUGGUGACUCUCCUCGAAUGAGAUCUGAAGAACAUUCUCCUUCAAGAAGGAUUAAUGGUAGACAUUUUCGGAAUCGGUCUCAUUCAAAAUCUAGAACUCGGUCUCGCUCUCCUGUUGGAUUUUAUGUUCACUUAAAAAAUCUGUCGUUAAAUACUAACAAAAGAGAUUUAAGGAAUCUCUUUAGAGAUACUGACCUGAGUAAUGACCAGAUUAAGUUUUUAUAUAAAGAUGAACGAAGAACACGCUAUGCCUUUGUGAUGUUCAAGAAUCAAAAAGACUAUAAUACUGCUCUGGGUUUGCAUAAGACUGUUUUACAGUAUCGUCCGGUUCUUAUCGAUCCAGUUUCUAGAAAGGAAAUGGUGAAAAUCCUUGAAUGCUAUGAAAAGAAGAGACCACUGUCUUUAGAGAAAGGCAGGCCAGGAUGUGUUUCACAAAAGUACUCUCAAGAAGGCUUCUCUUGCUCUGGUCAGAAGCUGUGCAUAUAUAUAAGAAAUUUACCAUUUGAUGUUACAAAAGGUGAAGUGCAGAAGUUCUUUGCAGACUUUUCUCUUGUUGAGGAUGACAUUUACUUGCUUCGUGAUGACAAGGGGGUUGGUUUGGGAGAAGCACUGGUGAGAUUUAAAUCAGAAGAACAGGCCAUGAAAGCUGAACGUUUGAACCGACAAAGAUUCUUGGGGAUAGAGGUGUUGUUAAGACUGAUAUCUGAGGAACAAAUGCAGGAGUUUGGUGUCAAUUUUUCCUGGAUGUCUAAUGAGAAGACAGAAGCCUGUGCCUGGUCACACGAUGGAGAUGACUAUUCCUGUCUGUUUGACUUAAAAGAUCCAGCCACAUGUUCAUUUGGCCAGUCUGAAAGUGUUCAUUAUCAGCCAAAAGACUUCAGGAAAAUGGGUCACUUCAAGCAUCCCCAAGGGUAUUUCCAGCAGUCUGAUAGGCGCUCUCCUGAGGACUUCAGGCACUCCCCAGAAGACUAUAGGCACCCCCGGGAGGAACAUAACAGGCGCUCUAGGGAGGAAGACUGGAGAAGGCCUCUGGAAGAUUGGAAAUGGCCACUGGAAGAUGAUUUUAGGCAGUCUCGUGAAAAAGAUUGUAGGCAGCUACCAGAGAAGGACUUCAGAUGCCCUUGGGAAGAAGACUUCAGGCGGCCAUCCCAGGAGUACUUCAGGAGAUCAUAUCAGGAGCACAGUAGACGUCCACCCCAAGAACAUUUCAGGCAUUCCAGAGAGGAAGAUUUCAGGCAUGUGGCAGAUGAAGACUUUAGGCACCCUUCUGAUGAGGACUUCAGGACCUCCGAAGAAGAUUUGAGAUGUCCCACUGAUGAGGGCUUCAGGCAAAUGUCUGUUGAAAAUUUCAGGGACCUUUCAGAGAAGGAUCUUAGACUUGCUGAGUCUUUUAGAUCUCCUAGAGAGGAUUUUUGGACCUCACCUGAUUUCAGAGGUCACCAGGCUUUUGUGAACUUUGGUCACCUAGAAGGUGGCAAAUUUGAAUUUGGAAAGUAUAAUAUGGGAAAUUUUCGUGAAGGAAAAUUGAUGCCUGGUCUAAAAUUAAAUUGUGGUUCAGAUAGAAUAAUUCGUGUUUUGAUUUCAAAUCUUCCAUUCAAAGCUAAUGCUAAUGAGAUUUUAGACUUUUUUCAUGGUUAUAAAGUCAUACCUGAUUCAGUUUCAAUACAGUAUAAUGAGGAAGGAUUACCUUUAGGAGAAGCUAUUGUUUCUAUGACAAAUUAUAAUGAAGCUCUAGCUGCUGUUAAAGAGCUAAGUGGUAGACCAGUUGGUCCCCGAAAGGUUAAGCUCAGUUUGCUUUAGAGGGCCUUUCUAAGUAAACUGUUUUCUUCCACAGUAUUGAUGAAGUGAAAGUAUAGGGUUUUUUUUUUUUUUAAGUGUAGUUUCAAAAAUUAAAAAAUAUUAACUUGUGAAUAGAAAAAAUUGUGGUAUGUAAGUCUGAUUUCCUUUUGCUUAUCAAUGGACAUGCUUGUAUCCCAUAAUUUAAAAGUAUAUAUAUUGUUUUUGAUCUGGAGUUUCCUAAAUUUAUUAGGUUCAUUCAUGUUAUAGAUAAAACUCAAGUCUUGUAAAAAAGAGGAGUUAUGUUUGAGGAAACUGCAUUUAUCUUUGAUUUUGUUUUUAACAUCUUUUACUCAGACCAUAUAAGGAAAUGAAGUUUGGCUAUUUAAUCAGGUUUGGCACUUUUAUUGCUACUUGCCUGGUGAAUUGUUUGUGAAGACAUUGUGCUAAUGUCUCGUAUAAACUCUAACUAGUCCAGAAAAUGAACUUAGUGUGGAAUACAAUAUACUUAUGUGAAGCCUUAGGAAAUCCUCAAAAUUUUUGUUCACUAUUUUGCAAUGUUUUACAAAAAUAAAAUUCCAAGUGAAAUACUUA